AUGGGUACCGAGCCCCAGAACUUCUCCAGCAUCUUGGCCAGCCAGGUUAGUGCCAUCUCGCCCAGCCGCCAGUGGGCCCCAAAGAAGAAGAGGGCCUUCAAGAACGUCGACCUCAUUCCCAGGAUCGACAAACCUAUCAUGUCAUCGCCGACAGCAAAGCGAGAUCACAAGACGGCCCAGUCCGAGGACGGGCGGCCCUGGGACCACGCCAGCCUUCGAACCAGUCACUUGGACAAGAAGCCAUUCAAAACCAACCAAGAUGACAUCGGCGACGAGACGCUGAAGGAGGACUUUGAAGGGUCGACAAUGGUUGAGGACGGCGAGGUCAAAGAGGACGAUGGGUCGCACGAGGACCCUCAGAUGAAGUCGUCGAGAGGGUCGGCCUAG